GCCCGGGGCAGGGGCUGGGACCGAGCGCGCGCCCGCAGCUCCGCGCUCCCGACUGUAGCCGGAGCCCGCCGCGUCCCCCGACCCAUUUAAAAAACUUAACACACGGGCGCCACGUGUUCACUUCCCCCACCGCGCUUUAGUUGAGAGGGGUUUUGUGACUUUUCCACUCGAUUGCCGCCAAGCGGGCUAUUACACCGCUUCGGACCCCACAGUGGAGACGCGGGGACCAGAGUGACCACGCAUUCUUCGUAGGGAGCUUUCUUCAUCACCAGCUAACCCGCCACCUUUAAAACUAAAAAACAGGCAUAAGGCGCAAGCGAGAAAGUCAGAGGCAGAGAGCGGUGGAGCACAUGCUAGAAACUGGGUAAGGAGUAGAUUCAACACCAGGUCUGAGCAGAGGGGUGCAGGCGGGAUGGCCCUGGUGCCCUAUGAGGAGACCACGGAAUUGGGGUUGCAGAAAUUCCACAAGCCUCUUGCAACCUUUUCCUUUGCAAACCACACGAUCCAGAUCCGGCAGGACUGGAGACACCUGGGAGUCUCAGCGGUGGUUUGGGAUGCGGCCAUCGUUCUUUCCACGUAUCUGGAGAUGGGAGCCGUGGAGCUCAGGGGCCGUUCUGCCGUGGAGCUGGGUGCUGGCACGGGGCUGGUGGGCAUAGUGGCUGCCUUGCUGGGUGCUCAUGUGACUAUCACGGAUCGAAAAGUAGCAUUAGAAUUUCUUAAAUCAAACGUUCAAGCCAACUUACCUCCUCAUAUCCAAUUCAAAACUGUUGUUAAGGAGCUGACUUGGGGACAGAAUUUGGGGAGUUUUUCUCCUGGAGAAUUUGACCUGAUACUUGGAGCUGAUAUCAUAUAUUUAGAAGAGACAUUCACAGAUCUUCUUCAAACACUGGAACAUCUCUGUAGCAAUCACUCCGUGAUUCUUUUAGCAUGCCGAAUUCGCUAUGAACGGGAUAACAACUUCUUGGCAAUGCUGGAGAGGCAAUUUACUGUGAGAAAGGUUCACUAUGAUCCUGAAAAAGAUGUAUAUAUUUACGAAGCACAGAAGAGAAACCAGAAGGAGGACUUAUAAUUGGCUAUAAUUUAUAAGAAUGCUGUCAUUGAGUGUGUCACUUAAGGUCUUAGACUGCAAAUCUAACCAUAUUUAAUGAAAUGUCUUACUGUACAAAAAGUCUAAACCAAAGGUUCUCAGGGGAGAAAGCACAUGUGCAGUUUUAAAACAAAGCAGUGCUUUGUCCCAUUGCUAUGAGUUUUAGUCAUACUUUACUCACUCUGAAAUCCAAUUAACAUUAAAGGAUUAAGUGUGAGAUUUUGGUUUAUGCUAUUUCUGUAUCUCAUACUACUCCCUCUUAAUAAAGUUUCCACUGAUGUCUUUAAAUGAGCAAGCUUUCUUUGGUAAUAUUACAUCUUACAAAUUAUUUUUAAAACCUUCUGAUAUAUACAAUGUUUAGCCAAGUUUUCUGAUUUUCCGAAUGUAAAACAAAAGGUUUAACAUACAUUCCUUGAGCUGUUAGUGCUAUUGAAACCUUUUGCCCUGUUUAAGUCCUAAAAACUUUUAGUUGGUUGAGUAGGAUAUGAGUUUUUUUGAGUCUCAUAUCAUACUUUUUGCCUUAAUUUCAGGUUUAUAUAUGUUAAUAAAGGAAUUAAAUAAAAAUGAAAUUUCAGUUACUUUUUGAAAGCACCUGAAAUCUGGCUGGGUGCGGUGGCUCAUGCCUGUAAUCCCACCACUUUGGGAUGCUGAGGCAGGCAGAUCACUUGAGGUCAGGAGUUCAAAAACAGCCUGGCUAACAUGGUGAAAACCCAUCUCUACUAAAAAUACAAAAAUUAGCCGGACGUGGUGGCAGGCGCCUGUAAUCCCAGCUACUUGGGAGGCUGAGGCAGGAGAAUCACUUGGACCUGGGAGGCAGAGGUUGCAGUGAGCUGAGAUCGCACCAUUGUACUCCAGCCUGGGGGACAAGAGCAAGACUCCGUCUCAAAAAAAAAAAAAAAAAAGCACCUGAAAUCUUGAAUAGGUUGUCUAUUUCAAGUCAAAAGCUGAGGUUUUCCCCUUCUGCUUUACCCUUGCUCAAAUGUCUUAAUGCAAUUCUUUCCUGAGCUUUCCUUGCUUCCUUAACAAUGCAUAGGAUGACAUUAGAAGUUUUAAAUCUCAUCCCUCCCUGAGAGGUUAGCUUCCCAUAUGUAAGCUCCUUUUGUAUUGUAAUUGCUCAUUCAACGUUAGUAUUGCCCCAUAGAGUGUAAGCUUCUUGAGGGCCAAGAAUGCUUCUGCCUCUUCCAUUGUUGCUUCCUGAGUACCUUCUGUAUAUUUCAUAACCAAAUAAUGAAAAAGAUAUAUUCCAUUUAAAGGACAUUGACUUUGGGUUAAAUGAUUGUUAUACUGUUUGAUGAUUAUCUUUGAUAACACUUUGACAUCUCACACACACAUGAACUUUUCUUUUUACAGUGCAAACGUUUAAACAAUAGCUUAACUUUAGACUGCAAGAAUAUAAUCUCAAUAUGGUAUUUGGUACUAGAGAGAGAUUUUUUAUAAAAUCUUAAAAACAGGACGUUCUCUUCCUUUUGAUCCCAGAGGUGAAAAUAUUCAGUAUGUCAUUUUCUACAUAUAUUGAAAUAGCAGUUUCACUUUAAUAAAGAUGGAUUAAAAGUU